AGACCGAUAAAUAGCUAGAGCUUUUAUCGGUAGUAAACUACUAGUUAACCGGAAAGUUCAUUUUUGGUAUAUUUUAAAAUUUAACCUGCGGUCACGCUGCCGCUAUACGGCACCAGAAAACUUGCCUAGAAUUUUACACAAACAAAUUACGUGUCUCAAGAAAAAUAUUACAAUAUGGUCGACAAUUUACCGCCCUUAGAGCCAAGUCUGCAAAAUCUUGUAGAACAGGAAUCUCUGAAAUGGAUUUUUGUGGGUGGCAAAGGCGGUGUAGGCAAAACAACCUGCAGCUCCAGUCUGGCAGUCCAAUUGGCAAAAGUACGCGAAUCCGUGCUCAUCAUUUCCACAGAUCCAGCACAUAAUAUAUCCGAUGCAUUCGAUCAGAAGUUUACCAAGGUGCCGACAAAGGUUAAUGGCUUUGAUAAUUUGUUCGCCAUGGAAAUAGAUCCAAAUGCGGGACUCGGCGAGCUGCCUGACGAAUAUUUCGAUGGCGAGAACGAAGCUCUACGUGUCAGCAAGGGCGUCAUGCAGGAGAUGAUCAAUGCUCUCCCCGGUAUUGAUGAGGCGAUGAGCUAUGCCGAAGUCAUGAAGCUGGUGAAGGGCAUGAAUUUCUCCGUGGUGGUCUUUGAUACGGCACCAACGGGACACACGCUGCGUCUGAUUGCCUUUCCGCAGGUUGUAGAGAAGGGAUUGGGCAAAUUGUUACGUUUAAAGAUGAAGCUGGCGCCUAUGUUGACGCAAUUUGUAUCCAUGCUGGGCAUGGCUGAUGUCAAUGCAGACACCUUGUCACAAAAACUCGAUGACAUGCUGCGGAUCAUCACCCAAGUGAAUGAACAGUUUAAGAACCCGGAUCAAACCACAUUUGUUUGUGUCUGCAUUGCCGAGUUCUUUUCGCUGUAUGAGACCGAACGUUUAGUGCAGGAGUUGACCAAGUGUGGCAUCGAUGUACACAACAUUAUUGUCAAUCAAUUGUUAUUCCUGGAAAAAUCCCACAACUCGUGUAGCAUGUGUGCCUCCCGCUUCAAGAUACAGGAGAAAUACUUGGACCAGAUUGCCGACUUAUAUGAGGACUUCCAUGUUACAAAGCUGCCUCUGCUGGAAAAGGAGGUUCGCGGACCAGACAGCAUUAAAUCAUUCUCAGAGAACCUUAUGAUACCUUACAAUCCCAACGCAUCUGCAAACAAAUAGAGAAUGCCGUCGGUUAGGUGCGCUGUAGUUUUAAGCUUCUGAAGAACUUAUUGUGAAUACGUGUGUGGGGGUGAAAUAAAUUCUAAUUAUGCCAGAUAAGCUACAGAUUUUAGCCAAGUUGUGCUGUCUGCAAGAAACAAUUUCACUUUUUGCGCAAUACAUUUUGCAAGAAAAACUGAAUUAAGAUCGAAAAACCUAUGUUAUUUUGAAUAAACAAGUUUUAUAGGAA